AUGCAUUCGGGUGGUGACUGUGCGUACGUGGAAGUUGAACUAAGCUGUCACGACAGUCAAAAUGGAAACUCGUCAACUUUGCAUUCUCGUGUUGAUUCAACUUUGAAGAAGGACAUUAUGGCUAGAAAAUCUAAAACUCAGGUAUACGGAAAAGGCUCAUCGGAAGUGUCGGAAAGGUUUUUGGAUUCUCUGAAUUCCGGCAUUACGCAGUCAUCUGACAUCACCGGUCGAAGUGAAUUUGGAGGGGAUUCAAACUGUUUUUCGAUGCACAGGAUGAAAAGGGGAAAAAUUCAAAACUCAAAAAUUCACUUUAGUCAAACGGAAGCCACGGAACUAACCCAAACAGAGAGCUCAGACAGUCCGUUCAAUUCACAUCCAAGUACUGUUGGGAUAAAGCCCUCUUUAGCUGAAAAGUUACAUUUAUUGGGGUAUAUCAAAAGUUCACUUGACGAUUAUACGUCGAGGCUGGUCAGAGAGAGUGCCGCCUGUCGGACAGCCAGUUUGGAGACCAGCGGGGAGUUAAUAAAAUCGUUGGACAAGUUGCAGUCGGAGACCGCUCGGUUCCGCUCUCGGAACGGAAGUCUGAACGAGAAGGUUGAGGGACGAGCCCAAGUAAACAAACGUUUGCGUGCCAAAAUCAAAGCGCUCGUUACAGCAUCUCAGAAACUGUGCACCGAUGUGGUUAGUCUACAAUCCCAAAAUGAUACGGACAUG